UCAACUUGGUGACGCGAAUGAGGUGUCUGAUAGAAAAAAACCCAUCUCGGCAAAGAUAAAACAGAAAAACUAACACACCCUAGCUGUGCCAGACUAUGCAGGAUUUACGGAAGAGUCGUCCCAGGCGUGGCUGAAGGAACUUCCGUCUUCUACAGGUCAAAAUGACAGCGACUCUGCGCCCCUACUUGAACGCUGUGAGGGCCACCCUGCAGGCGGCUCUCUGCCUGGAGAACUUCUCCUCUCAGGUGGUGGAGCGCCACAACAAGCCGGAGGUGGAGGUCAGGAGCAGUAAGGAGCUGCUUCUUCAGCCGGUGGUGAUCAGCCGUAACGAUAAGGAGAAAGUUCUCAUCGAGGGGUCCAUUAACUCUGUCAGAGUCAGCAUUGCUGUCAAGCAGGCUGAUGAGAUCGAGAAGAUCCUUUGCCACAAGUUCAUGCGCUUCAUGAUGAUGAGGGCUGAGAACUUUUUCAUUCUGAGGAGGAAACCAGUAGAGGGAUAUGAUAUUAGCUUCUUGAUUACCAACUUCCACACAGAGCAGAUGUACAAGCACAAGCUGGUGGACUUCGUCAUCCACUUUAUGGAGGAGAUCGACAAGGAGAUCAGCGAGAUGAAACUGUCCGUUAAUGCCAGGGCCCGUAUCGUUGCCGAAGAAUUCCUCAAGAAUUUCUGAUGACAGCGUUGGACUCGGUCUCGUACGAGCCUUGGAAAACUCUUAAGGGCCAAACAGCACGGGGGAGGAGAACUUAAGGAGUGAGCAGCCAAUCAGCAAGGAGAUGAGAGGGACCUGACCAAUCAGAAGCCCCUUUGCGCCCGAUCCCCAGUAUUUCCCUGUAGUCGUGAAUAUCAAUUCAUGUAUAUAAUGAAACAUUUACCAGUUUAAUUUUCAGCCUCUCUGAACAAAUCCCCAAACAAAGGCGGGUCCUUAAAGUAUUAAUCAAGUUGAUAUCCACGGAUACAGGGGCACUGAGGGCUGUGUUGCAAAUAAAACAGCCAAUUAUUUUUUUCUUUCUAUCUUGUGUAUGUGACUCUGUAUGUUCUGUCUCUAUUGUUUGAAAUUUGUCUCCCAAAAAAAUUCUCCGUCGAGAACAUACAUGUCUGAGUAAGAAAUCUGUGUGGCAUUAAAUCACAUGGAACGCCAUCCGUCUGUAAAGACGCCACAGUAUCCCAUGUAAACAAAAAAAGGUUAGAGAGAAUAAAAGUCACUUGUUAUA